GUCUCGGGCGAAGGACAGGGUCAGGUCAGAUCUGCCAGGCGUCCAUCAUGCUGCGGGCUGCGUGUCUCUGCGUCCUCUGGGCCUCCUUCAUCCAUGGAUUCCCGGUGACCAAAGAGAGGCAGAAGCUGCUGCUCAUAUCCUUCGAUGGUUUCCGAUGGGACUACGACCUGGACGUGGACACGCCAAACCUUGACCAUAUGGCCAAGGAAGGUGUAAAGGCCCAAUAUGUCACCCCUCCAUACAUCACCGUCACCAGUCCUACACAUUUCACCCUCCUUACAGGCCGCUACGUUGAGAAUCAUGGAGUGAUCCACAACAUGUGGUUCAACACCACCACAAAGGAGAAGAAGGGCUACUAUCAGACUCAGUUUGUGAACGAAUGGUGGGACAACGGCACGCUUCCGAUCUGGAUCACAGCAGAGCGACAGGGUCUGAGAGCUGGCUCUCUCCACUUCCCGGGCACAGCUUCCAGUUACCAGGGACAGGUCCCCACGGUGCGAGAAGUGGAGCCCAAUUAUUACGACUACAAGAACGAGACCCUCUGGCACGAGAACACAGACAAGGUGAUGGGCUGGUUCAGAGAUCAGAAUCUGGACUUUGUGUCUUUGUACUUUGGCGAACCAGACGGCACGGGCCACAGAUACGGGCCCGACUCACAAGAACGCAAAGACAUGGUGAAGCAAGUGGACCGGACCGUAGGCUACAUCCGAGACUCAGCUGAAAAGCACGGGCUGACCGAGCGACUGAACAUCAUCAUCACAGCAGACCAUGGCAUGACCACCAUCUAUCGUAGUGCCCAGUUGGAAGAAAUCACCCUCUCCAAGAUCCCAGGCUUUAACUUCAGCGAUGUGUCCUUCCACCUGUUGGACUAUGGACCUACAGGGAUGAUGCUUCCUAAUCCUGGAAAGCUGGAGGCGGUUUACAAAGCCCUGAAGGGGGCUCAUCCACACCUGCACGUGUAUAAGAAGGAGGAGAUGCCAGAGCACCUUUACUUCACCAAAAAUGACCGCAUCCUGCCUAUCAUUUUAUGGACGGACCCUGGAUACGUCCUCAAUGGGUAUUUCCCGGUUCAGUUCAACAAAGGAGAGCACGGCUUCGACAACCAGGUGAUGGACAUGAAGCCCUUUUUCAGAGCCGUGGGUCCGGCUUUCCGCAGGAACCUGUUGGUGGGGCCCUUUGAGACGGUCAACAUCUACCCACUGAUGUGUCACAUUCUGGGCAUUCAGCCUGAUGUCAACGACGGCCACCUGAACGCCACGCAGCACAUGCUGGUGGAAGCCGUUGAACCCGCCGGUGAAAACGUCAACAUGUGGAAAAACGGCUUUAUUGGACUUUCUGCAGUAGCUGCAUUUCUUCUCUUGGUUUUCAUAGUAGCAACAUCGUAUAAUGUCAUCAGGAGGAAAAGAAAGAGAUCGGACAGUUUUUCAGAGAAAAAGCAGAGCAAACAAUCUUCGUUUUGAUCAUCACAUAAAUGAAACUUCUUCUUCAGUCAUGUGCUGAGAAAUGCCUGCUUGUUGACAGCUUUCAAUCACACUAGAUCAAUGAUAGGUGGAGCCCAGAAGAAAUUAGAGAGUUCUUAAAAAGACCCCAUUUAAGAAAUAAAUAUAAGAAGCAGCUGUUUAGUUUAAACUGAUGUGAGCCAAGAAUGGAUGUAUAUUUUGGAUAAUUACACACAAUCACAACUUUACUUCUUAAUUUUAAGUUUUGAAAUAAACCUAGUAGGCUAUUAGAUGCUGCUGAUUUAUAGCUCUUAUCGGUGCAAUGGCAUAACUGAAGGUUAUUUGAAAAGAUAAAAUUCUGCGUUUUGUGAUUUUGUUUAUAAAUGUUUGUUGGUUUCAAUGAGGCCACUGUAGCUUCUGAGUUUCAUGUUUCAACAAUCUCUUUCUGAUUUACCCGCCUCUGUUUCUGGUUAACAGUCAAGAUGCAGAAGAAACUAGAGCACUUCCGGUUCAGAUUUUCAAAACAAAAGCACUUUCUACAUAACACUUCUUUUGCAUAGCUUAAUAACAAGUAUCUUGUGUUGCUCUAAUUGACAAACAGUAUAAGAAAUUGUAUAAUAAAUGUUUCUAAUCAUAUCUGAUCGCUUUCAGCAAAACAAACUGAUAUAAACCUGUAAAAUGUUGUUAAACAUCUUUUAAUGUCAACUUUUACUGCUUAUAAUGUUUUAUACAUAUUUGCUGUUAUUACUAUGGAAAUGUUUAAUUUUACUUUUUAGCUUUUAAAUAAAAAGUAAGAAUGAAUCAAUA